CUGCUUCAUUUUCCAAUAUCUCUCUAUAUUAACUCCUCAAGCUGUCAUUUUACUUUUUCAUAACAAGAUUCUCUCCUAUCUGGUGAUCAUCAUUUGCAGUUCUGUCCUAGAAUGUCUCUAGACAUUGCUUCUGAACGUGUUUGCUAUGUUCACUGCAACUUCUGCAACACCAUUUUAGUGGUUAAUAUUCCAUGCAGUGCCAAUUCUAUAUUGCUGAAUACUGUGACUGUUAGGUGUGGACGUUGUGCUAAUUUGCUGUCUUUGAAUACUGGAUCUUUGCUACAGACUUCUCAUCCUCAAAAUUCUCAUAAACAAAACAUGCUUUAUCAAGAUUUAAGCGAGGGUUCCCAGUCUUCUUCCACGGGCAAUAAGGUUUCUGCAUUGGAACCUUCGCAGAAUGAACAUACCGGCAGAACAGUAGCAGUGCAUGCUGCAACGGGGAAGAAACAACGGACUCCUUCAGCAUACAACCGAUUUAUUAAAGAAGAGAUUAGAAGGAUAAAAGAAAAAAAUCCUGAGAUUAGCCACAGAGAAGCUUUCAGCAAUGCAGCCAAGAACUGGGCUCAUCUCCCUCACACCCAGUCUGGUCUAACACUCAACGACACCGGCAUGGAUGCAUAAGGUGCACGUACGUCCGGUCAGCAAGGAGCCUAAUAAAAACAUAUUGGCCAUAUCAUUGCCAAGAAGUUUGCUUAUAAACUAAAGUAAUCAUGGUGUGAUUAUUUUGAUAAUAGCUUGUUGAUUUCAAUGAAUUCUCAGCUUCGGUCUGGCGCAAGACUCCAAAGCUUUACCUUCAUUGCUUAUUGUAAUAAUCAGUGACCUUUACAGGGACCAUUUUGAAUAAAACUAGCUGUAGUUGCAA